CACAGCUGAGAACCGGCUUCACAGCCCGCCUCUCCCCAUCUCCAUCCCCAUCGACCGAGCGUCCGUCCGUCCCCCCUGCCCUUUAGAGGCGCCUCUUCUUCUCUUUUGCCUUACUGACACUGUCAGUUCUAGGUACCUCAAUUCCAUACUCUUAUUCCGAACGCGAUCCCGGCCGCUGACAGCUGCUGCGCCUCCUUCAAGACCACCUCUUUUUCUCGUCCUCUCCGGCGCAACUCAGUCUUCCAUCUAUUUUUUUCUCCGGCGCAAAAGCACGCCUAUUCAACCGACCUUGACCACCAGAAGACGACGACGACGACGACCACGGGAGAAGGAUAACAGAAAACCCGCCAGUGUACAUCACCACUGCACGCGCGGAUUCAAAGUCAAGAAGACAGUACCUGGUCCAACAUACCCAACAUCGUUUGAACCCACACGAAUUGCGACGUCAUGGCUGCUGUGCCAUCAGCUCCUCCCGCCGCGCCCGCCGCCGCCAAUCCUUACUUUCCCCCAACGAAUGGCAGUGCCACACCUGCAACAGACUCCACGGAAACGACAGAUCCCACUGCCACUGCCACUGCCACAGGGACGGCUUCGGAGUUUGAGACCGAGGACACGAGGACGAACGAAACCCAUGUGCCCAAUGGCCACGAUGCGACAGAUGACGAUCUGAGGCCCAAACUGCCCCCUAGGCCAUCCUCAAUAGAUGCCAGGGAGGGGCUCAUGCCGACCGACCAGUCGGUGCAACCCCUCAACAUCGCCGCCACCACCACCCGCACGAGAUCCACGACGCAACAAACGGGCCACGACGCCAGAGACACCACGAUAGAGAUCGACGAUACGAAACCUGCCGACUUUGAUGGCGAGAUCCAGACCAACAAUGAUCUCCCAACGCCCCAGAUCCUGAAGAAGAUUGAGAAAUACGUCGUGCUGGACCGCCAUGGGAAAAGCCAUACCUUCAAGAGCUUAUACAGCGGCCGCAAUGCCGCGAGACGAGUCCUCAUCAUCUUCAUCCGCCACUUCUUCUGCGGCAACUGCCAGGAAUUUCUCCGCUCCCUCUCCGAAUCAGUUACCCCCGACGCCCUGCUGGGCCUCCCGAUGAGCACCUUCAUCGCCGUCGUCGGCUGCGGCAACCCGGGUCUGAUUGACAUGUACCUCCAAGAGACGGGGUGCCCGUUCCCCGUAUACACCGAUCCCACGAGACGUCUGUUCGCAAAGCUGGGCAUGACGCGCACCCUCGCGCUGGGGACCCGCCCCGCCUACAUGCGCAAGUCCAUGAUCAAGUCGGCCGCCGAGAGCGUCUUCCAAGGGCUGAAGCAGGUCAAGGCUGGGCUGGCUACCAAAUCGGGCGACCACAGACAGGUCGGCGGGGAGUUUCUCUUCGAGCCCGUCGAGCUAGUCACCGAGGUCUCGACGCCCUACGCCGAACGCCAGAUCGAGGAGGCCAUGACGUCCAACAAGAACAGCAUCGAUAGCCAGGAGGGAAUCGACGGCGAAGGCGACGACGAUUUCGAGCCGGAGGAGAAGAGGGUCACCUGGUGCCACCGCAUGCGCUCCACCCGAGACCACGCUGAGAUACCCGAGCUGAUGGAGGUGCUGGGUCUCACGGGCUCCGGAAAGCCUCCCGCGCAUGAGAACAAGAGGUGGUCGAAAGCCCUGGAGAUGAGGAAGGGCACCGGCUUGAGCAUGGCGAGCCAGAUGAGCAAGCUGAACGAGCAGCAGGAGCGAGCAUAGGAGCGGCGAGGCUUCUUUUGUGUUAUCGACGGGUCGGUGCGGCCUGCCCACCGCAAAUGCCCGUAAUAAUUCGGGAUGAGGGGUCUCACGCGCAAUGGGAUUCAGGUCCGGCUGCGGUUGUGAGAGGGAUGAACACGGACAGCUGCCCAAUACCCUUUUGACUUUUAAUCUUACACGCUGGAGCUGAGUAUAGCAUUAGCCGUUUGAAAUGAUACCUGCAGCUUUUGGCGUUGAUUGACAAUAGCAGAACCGGGCCAGCGAGUCACCGGAUCUUGUGUUGCUUUACCCCCUUCCCCUAACACUACGGCUCGUUUUUCCUCAGUUCUUGCUUCCUCACUUUGCGACGGUCACUCGCCCGUGGACACGAGGCUCAAUUCUUGAACCUACACCACUCGCGGCGUCAACCUUGAGACCCU